CCCAUGGUUCUCCCCAUUUCAGUCUCAUAUGGUUGGCCUUCUCAUUAGUUAGAGGUCAAAAAUGGCUUCCUCCCUGGAUCACUCACGUGAAUCGUGAAGAAGUGUAUAUGACUCGACCACCAGGUUCCGUUGACCCUAAUCGUACAUCCUCAUAUAUUUGUAAACUCCACAAAGAGAUUUACAGCUUAAAGCAAGCACCAUGUGCAUGGUUUCACCGCUUUAGCUCUUUCAUCAUCACCUAUGGUUUUCUUGAAAGCAAGCCCGAUGCUUCCAGGUUCACCUUUCACCGAGAUUCUCAAGUUAUGAUUCUUCUCAUAUACGUUGAUGCGAUAUUCAUCUCACAGGUAACACGCCUUCUCUGGUUCAUUCCUCUACUCACACAUGGGUGAAGGAGUUUUGAAAUUAAAGAUCUUCCACAAAGUGAUGCAUAUCUUCUGUAUGAUAUUUCCAUGAUUGUCCUUUAAAGUUGAUGUACAUCUUCCUCCCCAAGUAUCCAUUCAUCCAGUCAUUGGUGAAGGCCCCCACCAGUCCUAAGCCCCACAUGAAAAGCAGCCUCAACAAAGAGGGAGUAAAACUCACUCUCUCAGCAAAGAAUUGAUGCUUUCGUACUUUUAAAGCAUGUCUGCGUCUACUCUCAAAUCCAACAAAAACUGCUUUGGGAACAUCAGAGGAGACAUCAUUCCCACUCUGAUUAACCACCUCAACAAAGCCAGAGACUCCCUCUCCGACGAUGAGAAGGACAUGGCUACUCAAAUCGAAAUGCUAUGCAAAGACCUCACUUACAUUAAGCACGCUUUGACCGGACUCGAGAAUUUUGAAGAAAGGGCUAGUGAUCUUUUCGAGAUUCUCCUAAAACCGCAACACAGUCUCGAUGCCCCAACACAGACUCCCAUCCAUGAGUCCAAAUUUCUGGAGGAGAAGCUUCGGGUGCACAGUAAGGUAAUCAUGAAACUAAAACUCCUAAUUCCGUCUCCUCACAAAUUGCUGUUGAACAAGGACAACCCUUUGGUUCUGGCCGACAUUGGCAAAGAGCCUGAUAGCCUGCCUGACUUACAUUUAAGUAAGGUGUUUAAGGAUAGCCCGGCUCUUAAAGAAUUUCGGGUUGUUUAUAAUAGUCUUAGUGUUAUUACAAAGCUCUGUUUGUUAUGUUUCGCUGCUAUUCCUGCCAAUGAGGCUAUAAAGAAGAGGGUUUUGGUACAUUGGUGGGUUGGAGAAGGGUUUGUGAACCCUCCUGUUGAUGGAGAAAAGACAGUGGAGGAAAUUGCUGAUGGUAUAUCUCAAGAGUUAACCAAGAAGGGCUGCAUUGAACCUGUUUAUAAGAAACGGAGAUCGGUUGUGCACAGUUUUAAAAUGCACCAUCUUAUUCGUUCUGCUGUAAUUGUGAUUGCCAAAGAGGUGAGAUUCUUUAAUUUUGAUGAUAAAGGGAAUCCCACAGCCAAUUUUUCAUCGCAUUCUUAUCGGGCUUGUUUGGUUUAUCGGGUGAAGGGCUCUCGUCAUCUGAUGGAGAAGAUGGCAAAUAAACCACAUGAUUUGGAUCAAAAUAUGGCAAAUAGACCACAUGAUUUAGAUCAAAAUAUGGAAAAUAGACCACAUGAUUUAGAUUCAAAAAUGCUGCAGACCGUAUUCAAUGUGAAUGAGUCUUAUCCAGAUUUUUCCAAUGUGCUGCAGACCGUAUUCAAUGUGAAUGAGUCUUAUCCAGAUUUUUCCAAUGUGGACUGGUCUAAGUUGAGGAAUCUGAAGGUUCUUCAUCUUGGAAGGUGGCACAGUAGGGCUAAGCAUCACAUUGAAGUAGAAGACAUUGAAUUCUUAAGAGAGUUGAUCCAUUUGAGAAUUUUAAGUCUGCAAGGAAUAUCUAUGAUUAUGAAACUUCCUGAUUCAGUAUGCAAGCUUCUUAGUUUGAGGAUCUUGGAUCUUGGAGCAUGUCCGAAUUUAGAGCUACUUCCAGAGACAAUAGGCUCACUUAAGAAUCUCACACACUUGGAUAUGUCUGAGUGUUACUUGCUGGAGCGCAUGCCUAAGGGGAUUGCCUUCCUUUCAGAACUCCAAGUUCUUAAAGGAUUCGUAGUUGGUGUUCAUGAUAAGAAUGUUACUUCAUGUACUUUUCAUGAUUUGUCAGCACUGAAGAAGUUGAGGAAAUUGUCAAUCCACACAAGUAGGGCGGAUUUUCCCCUAGAAGAUGAGCUCAUUGUUUUACAACAAUUUGGACGGCUUCGAAAGCUAACGAUAGAAUGGGGACGGUUAUACCCCCCAGCCACCACUCAGGAUAAAGGCCAGCCAGAUAAUGUUGCUGCUCAACCCACGACAACAAGCACUAAACACAAUGCUGCACCACAGACAGCAACACAACCAACUAUCACAAAAAAUCAUUUGUUCAGUAAACUGCCAGCAUUCAGAAGGGCGCUUAGGUCGACUGCUACCUUGGCGCUUAGGUCGACUGUUACCUUGAAUCAGGAAUUCGAUCUAGAGAAACUGGACCUGCAGUGCUACCCUCAGAAGACAGCACCCAGUUGGUUGAGACCUGGAUAUCUUAAGAGCCUAAAGAAACUCUACAUUAGAGGUGGGCAACUCCGAAAUCUUGGUGAAGUUCAGGAGAACGACAAGUGGGCAGUUGAGACACUGCGAUUGAAGUUCUUGAGUGAACUAGAGAUGGAUUGGAAAGAAAUCCCAAUUUCAUUUCCUGACUUGAUUUACUUGGAGAAAUUUAGAUGUCCUAGGCUCACUUUCUUCCCAUGCGAUGAGAGUGGAGUAUGGCUGAAGCCCUGAAAUGGAACAAUGGAAUCAAAGCUACGGGAAAUCUUGGUAUGAUGCAUUCACACCAUUCAGCUCAAGUGAUCACAAUAUUGAACAAGGUUUAUCUAAUAAUAUACACUAAUUUUGUUGGCAAGAUAUCCUAGUCAUAUUAGGAUAUUUCUUUCUUAUUCUAUUAGGAUUUUAUUUAUUUCCUUUUUGUAUAGAUAUUAUGUAAUUGGGUUUUGUCUUAUUUCCUAGUAUAACCCUAUUAGGGUUUGUAACCUUGUAUUAUAAAUACGUCCUUUCAGAGAAUGAAAUAUAUCUGAAAAUA